UAUCUGGAGCUGGGGCUGGUCAGAAAAGAGUAGACAUAGCCACAAGAGUAUAUAAGCAGCAGCAGCAGCUAGCUUAGCUAGGGAGGAAGGCCAGAGAGAGAGAGAGAGAGAGAGCUGAACCUCCUCAACAAGGAGCUCUCUUUCUUUCUUCCUUCUUACACACAGACAUCCAUAGGCAAUCUAUCUAUCUAACAUAGAGAGUAGCAAUGGAGAGCUUCUGUGAGGCUGUGCAUCAGCUGCAUGACCAAUCCUCCUCCUCCUCCUCCUCACUUCUCCCCUGCUGCUUCCUUUCUGCUCCUCAGCCUCUUCCUUUCCCAGGCUUCCCUGCCGGCAACAACCUUGAAGAGCCAGCGCCAGCAGCAGCAGCCAUGGCGGCCUAUGAGAGCAGCAGCUGCAGCACCCUUGAUCCAACCUCAACGCCAAUCAUGAUGUACUCACCAAUGGUGCUGCAGCCGCAGGAGAGCCCUCUAUCCUUUGAAAAUGCUGUUCCCGGCGACAAGAAAUGGAUGCCUGGCAUUCAAGGAAGCUGCACUUGUUCAUUGGGCUCAACUCAAGAGAUGGAUGGAAGUUGGGGCAAGAGUAGAAAGCACAGGAGGAGCAAUGUGGGUGUGAAGGGACUUGAGGAGAAAAAGGCAAGAAGGGUGGUGGUACAACAACAUGGUGAUGAUGCAAAGGCCAAGGAGGCAGGUGGGGAGCCACCAGCACCAGCUGGGUACAUUCAUGUGAGGGCAAGGAGAGGCCAAGCCACAGACAGCCACAGCCUUGCUGAGAGGGUGAGAAGGGAGAAAAUCAGUGAGAGGAUGAAGAUGCUACAAAGCCUGGUUCCUGGCUGUGACAAGGUUACAGGGAAAGCCCUCAUGCUAGAUGAGAUCAUCAGCUAUGUGCAAUCUUUGCAGAACCAAGUUGAGUUUCUGUCCAUGAAGCUGGCCUCCCUUAGCCCUAUGAUGUACUAUGAGUUUGGACCGGGCAUUGGCAUGUAUCCAGAUGUUCUUCCACAGUACCUUACUUGUGUGCUUAAGCUUGCAAAGAUGCCGCAUGAGCAGCUGGUGCAGUGCAUGGGCCAAGGAGACCAAAUGGGCAGUACAGGGGGUGUACCAGGAGGCAUCUCACUCUCACUCCCAGCUCAAGGAGGACCCACAGGCUUUGCUCAGGAUCAGGAUGGCAGCAGCAACAGCAACCACAUGAACGCGCUGGUGAUGCAAGUUGGAGAGCAAGGGCAACAGGGCCCUCUUCACCAGGUCCAGAUGAGCAGCCUCUGCUUCUUCCAGUAGUACAAGCCAUAUAUAUUAUGACUAAUGCAGUUAUCUAGCAAUUGCACAAACUAGGAGUCUAGGAUGCAUUGCGUGGUCACCAAGCUCUGGACAUCAAGAAGAGGAGAUACAUGAUGAGUCAAACAAGUGAAGUGAACUGAGCAAUAUGAAGAAGAAGCAGUUGAAGCUGAAGAUCCCACAUGUAGGUUGUUGGCUCAGUUGUACCGUCUCCUCCUACCUGGGCUCCAAGAAGCACACUAUCGCCAUCACCAAGGUGCCAUGUUUCUAGCUACUGUGCUUGCUUUUGCAGCAGCAGACUGCUGACAGUACCAAGACGAGGACAUGUACUGUUGUUGCCCCUACGUUUCGUUUCAUUCAUUCAGCUACUGCUGUCCCUCCUCUUCUCCGUGUUGCAUGUGUAGAUGCCCUUCAUGUUUUAGAUUUGUGCAUGUGUAUGCGUGUUUGCAUAUAUGCAUGCAUUGCCUUGCAAAUGUACUUGAUGCUGCAUCCGGCCUGAUUGAUA